UACAAAGCAGGUAUCCAUGGCUCGGGCUGUUCUUCAGUUUACAGUAUGGCUGAAGAUGACUUUGAACUGAUCCUCCUGCCUCCAAUUCUGGAAUUCUGGAGUUACAGGAAUGCUCAGCAGGUCUGCUGCAGUUAAUGCAGGGCAGAGGGCACAGGGUAUGCUGGGUUGGUCUCUAGGAACUGAGUGCAUUCCGAACCCACAUACAUGGAAUCAAGUCAUCCUCCUGCCUCACCCUUGAGUAGCUGCUACUUCAGUCUAUUGACAGAGCAUCCAGUUCAGGCUUGAGCUCCAGAACAUAUUCCCAAAUGACUAGGUGUUUGUCCUAGGGCCCACUGACAAAAAAUAUUUUUGAAUCAUUUUUAUGACAGUUAUCCACAACAGAUUAAAUCCCAAACUGACUCAAAAUCAGACUGAUUUUGGCCAAAUGAAUCAAAUUCAUUUUGGUUAUUCAUAACAAUACUCCUAACCAAAAUGAUGCUGGGCAGGAAGAUUUCUCGGAGUUAGAGUUCCAAAACAACCUCAGCAUCAGUGCCUGUAACAAAUUCAAAGCUGAGUAAUAAAGAAACCAAUAAAGAACAAAUUAUCAACUCAGUGUUGUGUAGAUAAUAAGCAAGUUGAAUGUUAUCUAUCCAAGACUUUGAGGGGCAGGGUGGUGUUCUCACCCUGAGUUCUAAUUCAACGAAGAAAUGAUUGAAUAUUGUCCAGAGAAUUAAAAUGGUGCAUAUUGAACCAUCCAAUCAAAUUGCAGGUUGGGGUUGGAAGGCGGGGUUGCAGUAGGGAGGGUGAGCAGAGAGGUGUAUAAAAGCUUCAGGAGAGCCACCCAAGACACUCAGAGACCUGGAGCUGAAGGAUAUUUCUGGCACGGCUGGAACACGGAGGCUAUCCUCAGUACUCAGAGCUGGACCUUUCUGACUGCAGACCCAUCAUGAUGAGCGUUCGGACCCCAGCCACACUCAGAAAGCAGGCAAGCCAGGCUCUGCUGAGAAAUGAGGACUUGGCCAUCUCUGCUCUAGAGCAAUUGCCCAUGGAGCUCUUCCCAGAACUGUUCAAAGAGGCCUUCAAAGGCAGACACACUAGGAUUGUGAAGGCAAUGGUGGCAGCCUGGCCUUUCCCCUGCCUCCCUGUGGGGACACUGAUGAAGACCCCAAACUUGGAAACCUUCCAGGCUGUGUUAGAUGCAGUAGACAUGCAGCUGGCAAGAAAGUUUCACCCCAGGAGGGAGAAAAUUAAGGAGCUGGAUCUCAGGAAGGGGCGCCAUGACUUCUGGACCAUAUGGACUGGAACAGAGGAUGGAGACUGCUCAGAGAGUGGGGAUGAGGAGCGAGUAGUGAAGGUUCUUCCCAGAUACGCAAUGAGGCGGCGUCUGAAGGUCCUAACUGACCUCUGCCUCAGACUCCGACUGGAUGAAGAGCAAGCAUAUUUCUUGCAGUGGGCCCAGCAGAAAAAAGGCUCCGUUCAGCUCUGCUGUGUGAAGAUGAAGAUCUGGGCUCUGCCUCUGUGCACGAUCAAGGAGGUCUUGAGUGUUUUCCAUCCCCGGCACAUUGAGGAACUGGAAAUGAACAUGGGGUGGGAUGUGUCCACUCUGGCAUGUUUUGCUCCCUGCCUUGGCCACAUGAGAAGUCUUCGCAAACUCUCCCUGGCACACGUCUACAAGAACACUAUCGGGACUGGCAAUAGACAAGAGAAGUGUGUCAGGAAGUUUGUGUCUCAAUUCUCCAAACUGAACUGUCUGCAGCAUCUCUCCCUGAAUGCCGUAUACUUUCUCAAACACCACAUGAAACAAGUCCUCAGGUGCCUGAGUAGCCCCUUGGAGACUCUCUCCAUCACUGGAUACCGCCUGUCACAAUCCGACUUGAAUUAUUUACCCUGCUGUCACAGCCUCUGUCAGCUGAAACAUCUGGACAUGAGAGGUGUGGUGUUAUUGACUUUAGAUCCCAUGCCUCUCCGACUUCUACUAGAGACUGUGGCACACUCUCUGCAGUCCCUGGACUUGGAGGGUUGUAGAAUGGAGGACACUCAACUCACUAUCCUCAUGCCUGCCCUCAGUCGGUGUUCCCAGCUCACCAAGGUCAACUUGUAUGGCAAUGCCUUCUCUGUGGCCAUCCUGAAGGACCUCUUGCUGCACACAGCCAACUGGAGCAAGAUGAAUAGGGAGCAGUACCCUGCCCCUGUGGAGUGCUAUGAUGACUUUGGUUACAUCGACACAGAAAGGUUCCUCCACAUUUGUCCUGAGCUCAUGAAUGCAGUAGAGGCCAAGAGGCAGCCCAAGAGGAUUGUUUUUGCUACAGAUACCUGCCGUAAAUGUGGAGUGCGUUGUGUCUAUGACCUGGGGCCCAGAUUUUGUCCUUGCUAGUAGUAAAUAAGGAACAUGGCUUCCAGAUUUGGGUCCUCUUCCUCUGAGUUUUUCCUUAGUCAUUAGCCUCCAUGUUAGGUUCAGGGUCUAGAAAGUUUCUCAGCUGGCUUCAAGGAUCUACUGAAGCAAGGAACUGUAUUUGAAGUCUUCAGCUGUGAUCUCUUUAUCAAUUGUGUUUUUAAAAUGUCCCCAUUCUUAUCCAUUCCAUUCUCAAUUUUCUGUAUAAUGAAACAGCAAUAAAAUAAUUCUGUAUCAUU